AUGCAACGACUGCUUCAGCAAGUCACACUAUCUCGCGAGAAGUCGGAGGAUCUCGAAUCACAAGGCCAGUCUAUCAACCAGCAAGUACCCUACAAUAAGCGCUUGGAAUUCGUCCAAUUACUGUUCGGGAUCAAGUCCGAAGAUCUCGUAAAUUUCCCUGGAAUCGAGUCGUACUGCGACUACUUGGAGCAUGACGCUUUCCAGUCAUUGAUGGGCCCAACCUUUGACUCAAUUUGGGACUUGAUAUCCUGUACGAAUCCCAAAGAAAUAACAGACUGUUGGGAUUGGAGUCUUGCAGUGUUGCAGGCGACACAACCAGAACAACCUGAACUCAGCAUACACGACAUAUUACGGCGUCUCGAAGAGCAAGGUGGGAACUACAAGCAGAAUCUAGAGCGAGACAAGGAUAAAAGCUACCUUUACAUGGCUAUUUUUGGGGUAUUGUGCUGGUCAACCCUGGUGGUGCGGCCCAGAUUGACCUUCAAAGACGACGAACCAGCAAACCUAACAUGCCUCCUGCCACAGGGGUUUAAAUCGAACAAAAUGUCCACUACCCACAGACCAAGCGACAGACGUAUGCGACCAGUGCUGACCACAUUCCGGUCGUUCAAGGUACAGCACUGGGGUGACCAGUCAGAUGGACGCGCACAGGGUGUAUCGAGAGAGACGGACAGCCUGUACGAGGCAAGCCUCAACAUCUACUCAUUACGCUAUUUUGGACACGUCACAAUUCAAUGGGUCGAUACCGUCAGCGAGCAUCUACGAUUUAAUCCAGCUAAUCGCCGGCUGUCAUUGUUUCGCUUCCCGACAUUCUGCGCCUUGCUUGCCAUCCAUGGCGACAGCGUUUGUUCAGCGAUUCGAAGUAUUGCUGAGCAACUUGACCCCUUGUCCCCGGAGGAUAGAGACCUGUGUUGCGUCAGCCUAGAGCAAGAGAUUAUACUCUCUUACCGUCUUUUGUUUGGACAAGAUAGCAAGUCCAGAAUGGUCGCACGUGAAGAAGUCUGCAAGUUGAAGAAGUCGUGCGCAAAUGAGAGUGUCGACGCCAUGCUCUUGGAUCUCUGCGAGCGCAAGUACGAGUACGGCAGUCUGUGUUGGAAAACGUACGACAAAGACCUGCAGAGCUAUCCAUCUGAGAUAUGGCUAGGCUGCGCACUACUCGCUCAAUACUCGGCUCACUCGCUCAGUGGGUUACUCAGCUGGGUGAGUAGCUGA